GCUGGACAUAAAAUCAGGCGAGGUCAGACUUCCGGUGUGUAUUCCAGACGGCGGCCAGUAACACUAAUCAUGGGUCUCAAGUCAGAGGACGAAAUUUUACACAAUUCCAUGACGGAGGACGACCCAAACAGUAACAUUCAGUUUAACAAAGCUGCGAAACAAACAAGAUGGGGCCCCCGGCACGCCGGAGCAAAAGAAUUGGCGAGCCAGUACACGGCAGGGAAGCGACUGCAGGAGGUGGGGUGUUUCUACCUGACUCUUAUACUGAUGGCCUUCAAUGGUAUACAGUUGUUACGUUACUUUCAAAUUGAAAACUGGUACUACAUACUACCUGCAGCACUUCUAGGAAUUUUAUCAGCAGACUUUUUCAGUGGUCUGGUACAUUGGGCCGCCGAUUCCUGGGGCUCAGUGGAACUGCCGAUUAUUGGCAAGGCAUUUAUUCGUCCAUUCCGGGAACACCACAUCGAUCCCACGUCCAUUACUCGCCAUGAUUUUAUUGAGACCAACGGUGACAACUUUGCAGUGACUAUUCCAGCCUUAGCCAACAUGGCAUUCAAGUUCCUGACCUACUCACCAGAGGAAAUCAUGGCCACCUACAACUGGGAGUGCUACGUCUAUCUUUUGGCCAUUUUUGUCAGCCUGACGAACCAGUUCCACAAGUGGUCUCACACCUACUUCGGCCUGCCUCUCUACAUCACCCUGUUGCAGGACCUGCACAUCAUCCUGCCCCGGAAACACCAUCGUAUCCACCAUGUGGCCCCUCAUGAGACCUACUUCUGUAUCACCACAGGAUGGCUCAACUACCCCCUGGAAAUUAUUCGCUUCUGGACCACCCUAGAAAACGUCAUCGAGUCCCUCACAGGCCACAAACCUCGCGAUGAUGACCUUAAGUGGGCAAGCAAAAGUUGAAACUAGAUGACGUCCUUACCUGUCAUAUCUCAUCUGUCAGCUUCAUCUUCGGUGUAUGUUACAUGACUGUGCUGUCAAGUUGCACAACUUGGUUGUAAUUAUUCUUCAGGAGUCAUUAUAAGUUAUUCGUUAAUCUGCAGAUGCAUUCUACUCCCUUCGCUUUAGUGGCCGGAUAUAGAUAUUUACCAUACAGGAUGUUGUGUUUUAAGGUAUUUGUGCUACAACUGGCCUAUACUUCAACUCACACUUAUGACAGUUCCAGCAGUGAGAUCACUUUGGUAACUAACCCCAGAUGUAUUUCUGUUAUAGAUUGUUAUCACUGCUAGACUUUAUGUUAGACUUGUGACAGUCAUGUUUAGAAAGCAUUUUUAAUUUCUGUAACUCUACUUAUUGUUUGAUAGUUUUGAUAUAGGAACAGACUUCACAAGAAAAGUAUGACAUUCAGUUCCCCUCUGUUCUUUUGCAGUUGUAAUUAUUUUUCCGAAGUCAUUAUUAGUCAUUACUUAUCGACAGGGUUGAUGUGUGUACUCUACUGUUGCUUUCAUUUUGUUUGGCCUACUUAACUUGCCUGAUAUUUAUUUGCCCUCCAGGUAUUGUCAUAAGCAUCGUACAGUAGUUUUUGCUACGAGUGUCUGUCUCCACUACCAUGCACAGACUUACGAUCAUGGCUGCGUAAAGAUAAUUGUGUGAGAUUGGCUCCAAAUUUAUUCCUAUUUCUGAACUGUUGUAAUACAUAAUGUUUUUGUAGACUUACAGCAGUUGCUCAAUUGCUUUUGGAAAGCUAUAUUUCUGUUUCAAGAACUCUACUUACUUAUUUGUUUGCUAUUAGAUAAUGAACACGAUUAUGAUAACGAGAUUCUCAUCUUCAUCUCUAAAAACUCCUGAUGUAGAUGUCAUACUGACUCCUAAAGUUUCUUCACAAACUUUUGUUUUAUUCUGUCAGACUCUACUUAUUUAAGUUCUCUAUCUGUAGUUUCAGUCAUUUCUUAAUUUGACAUGUUAUUUGUUCAGUUUCAUUAAAAUCUGAUGUUUUAUAUAGCUCUCUUCCAUAGCAGGUCAUGCCAGGUUAAUUUCAUACUCGGCCAAUCAUGAUGUAUGCCUGGAAAUGUUUGGUCCAAGAGAGCAUUGGAGCAGCAUAUCACACUUCUGUAUUUUAAAAGUGAAUAUUGACAGGUAGUUCUUGUUGCAGAGUGUGAGUUAGCUGUUCAGAUGGAGAGGUGUCAAAUCAAAGCAUAGUUCUGAUUUUCGUAAGAAUAUGUUACAAUUCAUGCAUAUUUAUGCCACUCCUGAACAAGAUGUGAUUAUUCGUUUGCAUUGUAUUGAAGAUUACAGAAUAACAAAAGUGUAUUUUUUAAUCAAAUUUGUAAAGUAUCAAUUUCUUUGGCAUGUUUCAAAUAUGUGUAGUAACUUACUUUCUGAUUUAGAAAUGAGAAAGUGAGGACCCAUGGUCUCUAGAAGCUGCUGGCUUUGACUAAACUCUUUCAGGCCUUUAUGUAAAAAAAGCUGAAACAAGACACAAAUACAUCAAAACAUAAAUAUAAAUUUAUUGAAGGCCAUAAGGACCCUCACAAAAUUAAAAGUACAGGCCCAACAAAAAAUCUCCUUGUCACGGCCUUACAGAAGUCCUAUUUUGAAGUCUGGACUGACUCCUAGCCAGCAGUGUUGUAGGGCACAGUAUGCUGUAUUGAUGAAGUACAGAUUUAAUCUACCUGUAAUAUUUCCAUGUUCUUGGACUGGGAUACUAACCAAUCAUUCUGUUUAUGAAAUGCAAAUUAUGUAGGCUGGUUACUCAAACUACAUGUUAUCAUGUUAUCAUGAUCAUCACUUUUAGUUUUGCUAUGUUUCAGAUUUAGAUGUGUUUUAAAUUUUGACUUGAUUACCUUGUUACACAUACAGGCACAUGUGUAAAUUUUUAAUCAUAUCUACUAUUCUGUAUGAUGCAUAUCGUUAAGGAAAUUUGAAAAUAUGUUUUUGCUCUACCAGACUUGUUACUUAAGCCUAGAAAUGUUCUGAAUUUUAUGUGUCGUAUUGAGAAAUAUUUUUUAAUAUUUAAGUGGAUAAUACUAAUGUAAUCAGCAUUUUGUUUUCUUUUGUUUCCCCUUUCUAUUUCAUGAUGUUUUGGGGGCUGUGGGGUAGUCCAGUGGUUAAAGCGUUGGCUUGUCACGUCGAAGAACUGGGUUCGAUUCCCCACAUGGGUACAAUAUGUGAAUCCCAUUUCUGGUGUGC